ACUGCAAGAUCAUGACCUGAGCUGAAGUCGGACACUUAACUGACUGAGCCACCCAGGUGCCCCUGGGCCCAUGCUUUCUUAUCCAUGAGAGGACUGGACUAGAGUGUUUAUCUCAGAAAUAUCUGAAGUUUAUUCUUUGACGUUUUUACAGCCCACUGGGGGAUAUAAUAAAAAUAUUUGAAAACAUGCUAAAAAUGUUUGGCUACAUGAUAAUGCAGAACAAGAGUAUGGAGCUGGAGACAGGAGAUGUUUGAAAGAAAUCACGAUUUGGGGCCUGUAUGCCUGUUACUCUCAUGAUUUAAUCUAUCCUUCCUGGAACACUGCCAGCCACAUGGUUAGAUAUUCGAUAAAUAUUUAGCAAAGGAAUGAAUGGAAGCAAGAGGUGACAUAAUACUGGGAACUGUUAAGUAGUGUGGAUACUCCUUAUAAGUAGAUGUGGGGAAACAUGAUCCGUUUACUCCGGAAGUGUCAACAUAGGACAGAGAAUUGCUAAUGUGUGUGUUCAUGACUGCAUGUGUUCACACUGUGAUAAAUGGUUUUAUGCAUGUGUGUGGAUGGUAAGGAAAGCUUGAGAAUUUCCCUUAGUAAGAAGAAUCUUUACAAACAGUCCAAAGGUAAUGUCAUUUAUGAAAGUCAAGUGCUCCUACAUGUGCCCUGAAAUUCCCGCUCCCUUUAGGCUAUAAGUAGGUUGGCCUUGAGGCCCACCUCUGAGUAACCAGCCAGGGGAGGUUAUUAUAGCCAGGGCUUUCUAGAAGUGAGUGGGAGGAGCGUGUCACAGAGGUCCUUCCAGUAUGCAGUGUGGCCAGGCUGACCCUCACGGCCCGAAGUGGCCUGAGGCUGAGCAGACCUUGGAACGAAAGACACUGAGACCUCACCCACGUUUUCUGACUGCUGGUAGGUUUACCUACCUAUCCGCGCUCUUGCUGUCCAAGAGACUGACAGGACGGGACGCUUUACUGCCUCCGGGCCAGCAGAGGGAGCCAGCCGCAGCGCGGAGCCGAGAGCGCGUCCCAGGGCGCCGGCCGCACUGCGCAGCCGCGGAACGCUCGGACUAUCCCCGCCCCGCGGCGAACCGAACCGGGAGGCAAGGCGAUGAGCGCGGCUGGCGUGGGCGUGGGCGGUCGCCGCUGGGCGCGACUGUCCCGCCUCGUCUCCUUCAGCGCGACCCACCGGCUCCACAGCAAAUGUCUGAGUAACGAAGAAAACUUGAAACUGUAUGGGAAAUGCAACAAUCCAAAUGGCCAUGGGCACAAUUAUAAAGUUGUGGUGACAGUUCAUGGAGAGAUUGAUCCUGUUACAGGCAUGGUUAUGAAUAUGACCGACCUCAAAGAGUACAUGGAGGAGGCAAUUAUGAAGCCCCUUGAUCAUAAGAAUCUGGAUCUAGAUGUGCCAUACUUUGCAGAUAUUGUAAGCUCCAUAGAAGGAGGUAGGAGAGAAGGAAGAGGACAGAGAAGGGAGGAGAAGGACCAGGAGCUCCAGGAUGGUUUGAAGUUGGAGACGACAGCCUGUGAAAGGUUUGGCUGAUCCAAAAUGGGAUAUUUGGAGAACGUUCCUCGGCACCUCGAAGAGAAGCAUCAGAUUGGGAAGGAAAGACCAAGAUUCAGGAGCCAGACAGUUCUGCCACUUACUUGCUGCAGUGGAACCCUGAGCCAUCACCUACCUCACUUCUCUCGGCUUCAGGCUGCUUGUGAACCAGGUGGGAGAGUAACACUUCCCCUGCCUAGCUCGCUCGAGUUUCCUCCCACAGACUGAAGGUGAACAGCGCCUCCCGGCAUGCAACAUGCCAUCAUCCACAGGGGCAUUGUUCUCUCAAAUGGAUGUGAACAGACUACAGACUGUGAUGCAGAUACUACCCCUGAAAAUAAUAAAAAUGCCCAUUUUCUUUAAGUCAGAGAAUUUGCCUCAGGUGAGCUCUUGCUGGGGCUCAGUUAACCUGGGUGUCGGGACGUCAUGGCCCCCUGGCUCAGGUUUGCGCAGAGAACAGGCAGAAACAGCCCCACCCAGCUAACUCUAUCACAUGUUCUCUUUCUUUCUGUUUCUGCCCCCACUUCCCAUUUGGGUCAAAGACACAUGUUUUAUGUGAUGGAGCGCAGGAAUGGAGGGGUGUGCUCUGAAGUUCUGAUGAACUCCCUAUAGAAGGCAAAGGACGACAGAGAGAACGGCUUCUCACCUGUGUAGUUUCUGUUGCUGUCAUAGACAUCUGAAUUGACCAUGAUGCCUGGGCCAGUGGUGGUGACCUCACUGAAGAACAUGCAUUUGUCAAUUUCACCUGCAGAGCUGGCAGAAGAACACAGCAGUCCGAAGCAUAGAAACAGCCUGAGUGGCAGCAGUGUGGAGCCAAGGACUGCCAUGGUCUUGACUGGUUUGGAGACGGCUGGGCCAGGUACUAGGAAAUACCUGCGACUCACCUCUUUAUAUGCUCCGGGGUUGGAGCUUCUGCGUGAGGUCAUAAAUGCAAAUUUCCUUCCCACUCCUCCCUAAAAUGAACUGGUGUCUGGAAUUCGGCCCAGAAUCUCACCACGAAUGAAUCUCCUGCUAUUCGUCAGCAUGACCCUUUACCAAUUCCAGUUUUGCUCAAGAAGGGGAAGGUACUGAUCAUGGUUCUGUUCUGCACCUCAUUCAUCUCGGCGUCUGCUAUUUGAUGCAAGCUGUGGAGAAUAGGCUGAGUGCUGGCAAAGUGAAAUCCAGAGUGGAGUGAUCAUCACAUACCUGGCCCGUUUAGAAGCUCCACUCUUCGGGCUCCUGGGUGGCUCAGUCGGGGAAGUGUCUGACUUUGGCUCAGGUCAUGAUCCCCCAGUUCGUGGGUUCAAG